AAACAAAACAAAAAGAACGAAACGCUGUCUCAAGACUAAAGAAAGAGAAAAGUAGAGCCCUUUUCUUCUUCGACUAACAUUCCGCAGGUCGAGCUCGCCGUCGGGCGCCGUCGGCUGUUGUCAACGCUGAGUGGUUAUUUUCCGGCAAGUAUUGAAAAAGGGGAUCAUCCGAGAAUGGCUCAAUUAAUCCGUGAGUGGGCUGGAAUCAAUACAUUUGCACCUGCAACCCAGACAAAACUGCUUGAACUUCUGGGAAAACUUAAACAUGAGAAUGUGAACACUUUGACAAUACUUGUGAUGGGAAAAGGGGGUGUUGGAAAAUCUUCUACUGUUAACUCCAUCGUUGGAGAGAGAGUGGUCACCAUCAGUCCAUUUCAGUCGGAAGGACCAAGACCUGUGAUGGUAUCACGAUCAAGGGCUGGAUUUACAUUGAAUAUUAUCGAUACUCCUGGUCUUAUAGAAGGUGGAUACAUAAACGACAUGGCACUUGAUAUAAUAAAACGUUUCCUUUUGAACAAGACCAUAGAUGUGCUUCUUUAUGUGGACCGUUUGGAUGCAUAUAGAGUGGACAACUUGGAUAAGUUGGUUGCCAAAGCUAUAACUGAUACUUUUGGUAAAGGAAUAUGGAACAAGGCUCUUAUAGCACUCACACAUGCUCAGUUCUCACCUCCAGAUGGGUUACCUUAUGAUGAAUUCUUCUCAAAAAGAUCAGAAGCACUCCUGAAAGUUGUUAGAUCAGGUGCUCGGAUAAAGAAAGAUGCCUCUCAGGCUUCUACUAUCCCUGUUGUUUUGGUUGAGAACAGUGGAAGAUGCAAUAAGAACGAAAAUGAUGAAAAGGUUCUUCCAGAUGGUGCUGCUUGGAUUCCUAAGUUAGUCCAAACUAUCACAGAAGUCACAUUGAACGGCAGUGAAUCUAUUCAUGUGGAUCAGAAGUUGAUUGAAGGGCCUAAUCCAAAUCAGACAGGGAAAUUAUGGAUUCCUCUUAUUUUGGCACUCCAAUAUUUCUUUGUCAUUAAACCAAUACGAGGAUUUAUCAAGAAGGAUAUUGCAACUGAGAGCAGGCCAUCAUGGGAGACGCAUGAGAGCGAGACAAAUUUUUCCGGGAGAGAUAUCUUUUAGCUUCGCACCUUUUUACUCAAUUUUAAUCAUGUUUAGGUUCUACCAUUAACGUGAUUACACAUCUAGUGGUUGUCCAUCUUUUUCUGUAGUCAGUUUGGUGGGUUUCAAGAGAAAUUGCUAAUGCUAGUAGUUAUGCGGCAUGGGCUUUUUAUUCAUAAUUUUGAGGUGACAUCAUCUUGCGUUGUGGAGAAAAUAAUCUCUUUUAAAUAAGUAUUGGAUCUUGUAGGGUAUGCUUGAAUUGAAUGGAGGAUAUUCAUAGGGAAGGAAAAGGGAAAAGAAAUGAAUUUCCAUUGAAGCC